AUGCUACGCGAGCAAAUGCAAGAGGUGGACCUUUUGAUUCUCGGCGCAGGAUGGACGUCCACCUUCCUGAUUCCGCAGUUGAAAAGAGAAGGAAUUACGUAUGCCGCGACAACCACAACUGGUCACGAUAAUACGAUUCCAUUCAAAUUCGACCCCUACUCUGUCGACCCCGAACCAUACAAACGCCUGCCGUCUGCCAAAACCGUCCUGGUCACGUUCCCUCUCAAGGGCCAGGGCCAGUCCAUGACAAUCGUCGGCCUGUACAGAAAUGCCCACGGAGCCAAAAACAACUGGAUCCAGCUCGGCGUGACUUCCAUCUGGAACCAGCUUCCGGACGACUGGAGCACAGAGGAUUCGCCGUACGACAAGUCCGACGAGCGCGGCAUGGCGGAAGACGAACUCAUGGUCGAAUUCGGCGGAUGCAGUCUCAAUCUUUGUGGCCUGUACGGCGGCACGAGGGUGCCGCGCACAUGGCUGCCUCGUCUCGGCCAAAGCAAAGACGACGUGAAAAAGCGCGGGGCCGUACACUUCGUGCACGGCGAAGACGUCGCACGUGCAAUUGUCGCUACACACAAGAAUUUCACGCCCGGCAAACGAUGGCUCAUUGCCGACCUGCGCGUGUAUGACUGGUACGAUCUGAUCAUGAGUUUUAGCGCCAUGACGGAGGAGCAGGAGCGCGCGGCUAGUGUUGAGGACCGCGCUUUGCGCCAGCAAUUCUCAAAGUGGGUCGGCGAACUCAUGGUUGAGGAAGGGGUCAGGGCUCUGCCCAGGGAAAUGAACCAGUUGGGGAGGAAACUCGAUAGUCGUGGGUUUUGGCUGUACCAUGGGUUGUGGCCUAAGCAUCCACGAUUGGCGUAG